UCACAACUAAAAUACUCAUUGCAAAACGCUUCUAAGAGAUUGUUCAUAACUUUUUAAUUUCUCGAUACGUUAAUAUAAAGAAUUACCGAAUUAUUUGUAAAAAACAUAUAUUUGAAUGCAUCAACGAUUGUUUCAAAAGGUCUUACGAUCUUAUAAAAAAAAAUUUCCACUUUUUUGGCCUUGAAAUUAACCUAAUAUUACCCCUUAACGGCGCCAAUUAGAAGUAAGCAACAAUAAAGGCACUUUAAAGCAAUAUACACGUAAAAUAAUUAAUAUAACAUGUUAAGUAACAAUGUCCCAAAAUUUAGUGUGGAAUUAUUUCACCCAACUUAAACCACCAGUAGCAAAAUGCAAUUUAUGUGAAGAAUUCUGCCUUAGUGAUCAAGUUCAAAAUUUAGAGGAACAUCUGACCCGUGAACAUCCAGAAGUAAUAACGGAAAUACGUGAAAGCAUUAGACGUGCCAAUUUAGGAAUAUGUUUUGCAUUCGACGUAGGAGAUUCUGAGGCAAGAUGUAAAUAUACUGACAAUUGCAUUGUCAACAUAUUUAAUGGAAUAGGUUACUUAGAAGAUCACUUGUGCAACCAUGUUAGAAAUGAUAUUGCAAGGGAGCUUAGAAUUGCACAAAGAAAUCCAGACGGAACAGCAUCACAGCCAACAGCCGCGGAAGACAAUGCGUGUGCAAGUACCAGUAAUCAACCGAUUGAUCCAAUUUUUCAAGUUACACAAAAUCUUGAAGAAUUGCCAUGGGGCAAUUCCGAUAGCUUCGUAUGGCGAUAUUUCAAACCAAUUAUAAAUCCUUUUGCAAAAUGCAUUAUUUGUAAAUCUUAUUACAAUGAUCCAACUUUGAAACUAUUUGAGAAUCACUUACUAUCUUGUCAUACAUACACAAUAGAUGAAAUGCGAUGUGAAAUUGAUGAAGAAAUUAGGCGUCUCGAUCUAUUACCAUACUUUAAAUUCGAGACAGUAAUUCUUCGAAUAAGAUGCAAUGUUGGAAAUUGCAGUCACUUUUUCAAUAUGUUUCAUGGAACAAAAGGAUUAAAAUAUCAUUUUGACACAUGUCAUAAAAGUAUAUGUACAAGAAUUUCUAUGCCACAAAAUAACACAGAUAUAAUAUCAGAACAAGCAGCUGAAAACAGUAAUGAUGGUAUACAAUCAUUAGCCGCAGAAGACAACGGAUGUACCAGUACAAGUACCAGUAAUCAACAGACUGAUUCAAUUUCGCAAAAGACACAAAAUCUUGAAGAAUUGCCAUGGAAAAAUUCCGAUAACUUGAUAUGGCGAUAUUUCAAGCCAGAUGGAAGGCCUUAUGCUAAAUGUAAUAUCUGUAAAGUACGCUGCAAAGGUUCAAUUUUGCAAGUAUUUGAAAAUCACUUGCUGUAUCGUCAUAAACAACUAAUACAUGAAAUACGAUAUGAAAUAGAUGAAGAAAUUAGGCGCCUUAAUCUUUCGCCAUAUUUUGUAUGCCACACAGUACCUCCUCGAAUAAGAUGCAUUGUUGACAAAUGCAUUUACAGUAUGAAUAUAUUUCAAGGUACAGGUAAAUUAAUGAAACAUAUGUUGAAAUAUCAUGAAAGUAUGGUGAUAAUGACUUUUUUAAACAUUCAAAGAAGUACCACACAUGUAAUGACUAAAUCAGUAUCUGAAGAGGAUCAUGAAAGUACACACGCACACACAAAUAUUGACGAUCCACAGCCUGGUCCAAGUUGGCAAACGUAAUAUUAUAGAAAUUCAAAGGCAACAUAGGUAAUUAUUUUAUUGUGUGGCUGCUGGCUCUGCUUGAUAAUACCGAUACCGAUGUGCGUGCGGUGGAAAAAGUUGAUGAGAGUCUGUUAUGACUUGGGUAACAUGAACGUGAAAUUGAACAAGUUUACAAGACUCGAACUCAUAUUCUACACACGUUACAUUAACCACACGUAUAUGAAAUACUGUUUUUGUAAUAAAUAUUGUUAUAAUUACAAUAAAUCCUACAAUUUGGAACCUCGUCCAUGAUAGCCUGCGUGAAAAUGUCAAGAGGAGAUCGGAAACACAUAAUAUUACAUAAAAUAUAAUCUGCGACAAUAGGACAACUAAGGCGGCAGACGAAGACGAUAGAAGAUUUCAGGAGUUAUUGUCAUGUUCGCACGAAGAAGAAAGGUGAAAAACUCAAUCCAGUACCAGCAUUAAAGCUAAAUAUUCUGGUGCGAAUCAUUAUUAGAUAUAUCGAUGUAGAGGCUUGAUCAGAUUGCGAUAAAAGCAAAUAACCUCAAAAUGAACUCGGACAUAGAUGGUUAAAGCAUUGCAUACAGUCGUUUUUUAGCACGACGAAAAUAAAAAUAAUAAAAAACGGCUUCGAAUAUAUACAGGCUUCUUACUCGAUAUAGGCUCAGGUGAGUAUAAAGUAAAGAUAUCAUAGAAGCUAAUCUUAAUUUUGCAGAUUUAGUCGUUGUAUGUAACGUUCUAACGCUCGAGUACUCAGGGACAAAGUAUGAAUUUAUUUAACGCUUCUCAGUGAGAAAUAUGAUUUAUCGAAUCAAUGUCAAAACAAUAUCAUUUUGAUGAUUUUGAUAUUCAAUAAAUGUUGAAUCGACAUCGAUACCAUUAUCAUUACUCACUGAGUUAUGUGACGCCUUGAUAGAUCUCAAUUCACUAAAGUCGUUGAAAAAUCAGGUAAAGAGGAAGACACGUAGAAUAGCGAUACGCAAGUAGAGGAGUCAAGUAAUGACAGAAGAUGAAAUGCAAGUGGAACAAAAUAAACAAAAAAUGAAGACGUAAGAUAAUGAAGAAAGAAGAGCGGCAAAAUAGUAAACCAAAACAGAAGAAAGAAUAAAUAUGAGAAUGAUGAAAACAAAGAUGAUAUAGACGUAAAAAAUGAAAUUGAAAACAAAUAUGACGAACGACAGAUAAAUUCCAAAACAAUAAAUACUUUAUUCACGAAAACGUUUAGAGACGUGAAGAAUUUUGUCAGAUACUGUGGUGGAGACGACAAACAUACGGUUGAACACUGGAUAAUAGAUGUAAAAAAAUGGAAUGGGCUGAUUGAGUGGGCGGACGUUUAGAAGUUAAUAUUUGCAAAAAAAAUGUUAAAAGCUACUGCUAAAUUAUUUACUCAUGCUGAAAAGGUAUAUCGUUUUGGAAGAAAUUAAAGAAGACGCUGAAAAAAGAAUUCAAUGAUAAAACAAAUAUUUACGAAUGAUUCAAUUUACUAAAUAAGAGAACAAUUAAGUUAGAAGAAUCGGUGCAAACAUAUUUUUUAGUCUUGAGAGAGAUUGCUAGUAGAGAUAAAAUUAAAGAGAAAUCAUGUUUCACUACGUUAUAAAUGGCAUAAGUGAUAAUACAGCGAACAAAGUAUUUUGUAUUGAGCAAAAAGUAUAAAACAUUAAAAAAGAAUUAAAAAUAUAAGAAAAAAUAAAGACGAAGAUGCCAAUUGCCAUCAAAGUAGUAUAUGUACUUACAAAUAAGAGAGAUUUCAAAAUCAAAGAAGAAAUAGUAGAAACCUGUUUGUCCGAUAUGCCAAUAAAGUGGUGGUAGUAAGAAAGUGAGACAAAACGCCGACAAUUUGUAUAGGCUACACAGCAUUAAAUAGAGUGAAGGUCAAGGACCACUUUGUUUCCACUAAUCGAAGGUUCCACUAUUUUGGACCUAUUGCCAAAUGCUCGAAUAUUGAGCUUUAUUGAUGUGGAAAAAGGAUUUUCUCACGUUUCGAUUCAUAAGGAUGACAUAAGUACACAUUGAUUGUGACACAUAAUGGCCAAUAACUAUUUCUAAAAAUGCCAUUUGGUUUCUGCAAUUUAUCGGUUUAUUUCAACGCAUUACAAACCUGAUUUUUAAUGUCCUGAUCGGAAAGGGAUUAGCUUGAUGAGUUUAAUAAUCUCAGAUCCCAAUGAAGGACUGCUGUUACUAAUCUCAAAUUGGUUCUACGGAGAUCGAAAUAAUAUGAAUUCGCGAUUAACAAAAAUAGUGCAAGUUGUUGCAAACACGCAUUGAAUGUUUGGGACAUUUCAGAGAAGAUGUCAAAAUACAUCUGUCACAUAAUAAGACUAAGGCGGUAGUUAAGUCACUAAAUAUAAAAGACGUUCAAAGUUUUCUGGAUCUUAUAGGAUUACCUCUUUCAAAAGUUUUCCCAUGUUACUCAAACAUUGUUGAAACUAUUAGUGAUAUAUUAAAGAAAGAUGCAAAAGUUCGGUUUGACUUGAUGAGUAAAAAACAGGAUGCAUUCGUGAGGCUCAAAGAUGCUUUUCCGAAGAACCAUAAGUAUUUGCAAUCGCAAUUAAGAAAUCAAAAUCCACACGCACGCUAGUCAAAAUGAUUAUGGAGUAGUUUUAUUGCAAAAAGCACUCUCAGAUAAUUAGUUGCAUCCUGUGUACUUUACAAUCAAGAAGACGACCGAUGCUAAAAGAAGACACUCGAGUUACGAACUUGUGGCACUAGCGGUGGAAGCUUUAAAGAAGUUUCGAGGUCAUCUGAUGGGAGAACGUUUCAAAUUUGUAACUGACUAUUCAGUUUUUCAGCAGACCAUACGUAAAAAAGAUUUAACAGAUCAAAUUGCACGAUGGUUGUUGUUUCUCCAAAAUUUUACAUAAUAGGACAUCAUAGGAUGGAGCAUAUGGAUUCUCUGAGCAGGCACCCAGCAAUACAUGUGGUUAGCUAUGAUAUUACUUCAAACAUUAAGAAAACUCAAAACUUUGACCAAGAUAUAUAAGUCAUCAAGCGACACUUGGGAAACGCUCCUUAUGAAGACCAUAUGCGCAACAACUCAGUUUACUCAGUUGAAACCUAUGACUCAUUUAUACUAGUAAAGUCAAAAUAAAUGCAAGUCGAUCAUAAAAUGUGCUCAUGAGAAGGGCCAUUUUGCAAUCCAGAUGUCUGAAGAAAAUCUCAAACAAGUGUUUUAUAUUCCUAUUUUAUGUGAAAAAAUAGAAGAGUGUAUCUAUAACUGCUUAAAAUGUAUUCUCGUCAAUAAGAAAACUGUGAAAAAAAAGAUUUUUUUGCAUCUUCUGAUUAAAGAAUUACGACUCCGUAUACUUACCAUAUUGAUUGUAUAUGAUUUGCUAAUUUACGAGCAAAAGUUGUAAGCACAUUCUGGCGGUAAUCGUUGUCUUUACAAAAUUUGCAUGGCUUAUCCAUUGAAGGCAACCUCGAAAGGAUUUAUAAAAAAAUUAGAACUGAAGAAAAGUGUAUUUGAAAAUCCUAACUGUGUCAUUUCCGAUCAACGAACAAUAUUCACUUCCAACAAAUUUGAAGAAUACUCCCGUUACGAAGAUAUUAAACACAUGAAGAUCAUCGUCGAUUUGCCAAGAGCUAAUAGUAAAAUUAAAUUAUCGGUUGUAUAAUUUCCGAUCGGGAGACAGUAAAUACGUCCAACGAGUUCGAAGAUUACUGCUGUUAGGAAGAUAUUAAACACACGAAGAUCAUCGUCGAUUUAUCAACAUCCAGCCGUCAAAUUAAAAUCUUAGCUGUAUCGUUUCUGAUCGAGAACAGUAUUCACUUCCAACAAAUUCGAAGACUACUACCGUUAGGAAGAUAUUAAACACGUGAAGAUUAUUGUCGAUUUACUGAAAGCUAAUGGUUAAAUUGAGAAGAUCAAUCUCACCGUACAUAUUGUAUAUUUAUGCGGAGUAUAUAUUUAUGUUUUACGUUCAUUUGAGAUUAAUAAAGUUUCUCAUGAAUCUUUAUAACGAAUUCGAACAAUUUUUAUUUGCUAUUCCUUUUCAAUUAUGAACACAUUAAUAAUUGACAGAAAGUCUUAUAUUUCGAGAUACUGGUCAAGCAUUUUCUAAUUCGAGUGUAAUUUGCAUUAAAUCCAUCUAAUUACUAUGUAAGUAACAAAAUUAAAUAAUUUCAUCUAAUUAUCAGACAGAACAACUAAAGAAUUAUUUUGUUUUACUAAUAGUGUUAUUGUAUUCUUAAAUUUCGCAAUUCAAUUUAUUAUAUAUAUAUUUGUGUAUAUAUGU